AUGAUGUCGUCAAGAACCUUUGGUCCCGGCUUUUUGGACAACAACUACAAAGCGUCCUUUGUUGAACAAGAAAUCGGAUUCAAAUCGACGUUCUAUCUCGGCGCCUCGUUAUCAUCUUGGACACAAACAGUGUUGACGGAUCGUCUCGCCCGCAAAAACACCAAGCACGACUCUGUCCUGACAGUCGUCACUAACGGCGCACCAGGCUAUCCCGAGCUCGUGUUCCAGUUCCCCGAAGGAGACUUCAACUUCAAGUUGAUAAAGGGCAAAAAUGUAUAA